CUAUCGCAGCCAUAUCCAUCCAUCCUAGCUAGAAAUGAGACAAGCUCUUUUCCUUCUUCUUGCACAGCUGCACUAGUUAGUAUACUACCUUUAGCCUUUAGCCAUCCCCUCGCUUUGUUCACCACACUCGUUGCUCUUCUCAGUUUCAGGCAGCAGUCCAUUGUUCGUUCCAUCCAUCAUUUGUGUGUUCCACUACGACUGAGUGAGUAGAGACUUGUUGCUUCUCGCAUUGGUGAGGAGAAAAUGGUGGCCUAGACCAAUGGCAACAUGCCAGGCUCCCACUAGCGCGCCGGAGCUGUCGUCGUCGUCGGGGAGGAGCGCGACGGAGGCGAGGUCGCUGAAGGUCCAUAGCGAGUCGGAGAGGCGGCGCCGGGAGCGGAUCAAUACCCACCUGGCCACGCUGAGGAGAAUGAUCCCUGAUGCUAACCAGAUGGACAAGGCCACCUUGUUAGCUUGUGUGGUGAACCAAGUGAAGGAACUCAAGAGGAAAGCAACUGAAACCACACGACUGCAAGCAACAGCGCCCAUCCCUCCGGAGGCUAACGAGAUCACCGUCCAUUGCUACACCGCCGCCGGCGACAACCGGACCACGUACAUUCGUGCCACCGUCAGCUGUGACGACCGGCCGGGACUCUUCCUGGGUCUGGCCGGAGCGUUCCGUGUCCUCGGGCUGAGGGUGCUGAGAACAGAGACGGCCUCUCUGGGAGGCAGGGCGAGCCAUUUGUUUGUGUUGUGCAAGGAGGGCGGCGAUGUCGGUGCGGGCCUGAGGGCCAUGGAGGGGGCGGUCCGGCAGGCGGUUGCCGAGGUCGCCUUCCCCGAGAUGGUGUGCGGUGGCAGCUCGUGGAGCAAGAGGGAGAGGAUUUUAGAGGAGUGCUGCCCGGUCAUGUACUCCGUAUAGGUCGUUUCCUUCGGGAAGAAUAUUUUCAGAUGGAAUGCGAUUGCAAAUCCACACACGUCGAUCGCGCCAAAGCGAGCAAGCAGUCGAGCCAGGGUAUUGGGAUACCUUGGGAUGUGUUUGGUUUGAGAACCAAAAGGCAUGGUAUGUCAUGGUCUCGUUCCGAACAAAUAGGUUGGUUUCAUUCUUGUGUUCGGUUGAAGGUAAAAAAUGUCACGGGUUCGUCAUUCCUGUGUUUGGUUGAAGAU